AUGUCGGAAGAGGCAAAAAUGUGGGCUCAGGCCGAGCAGACCACCUUUUACCAGCUCACGGGGUCUGACGUCGCGGUCAGGAACCUCAAGCUCCCCGCGGACUUUAUCUGGGGUGCUGCCACAGCAGCCUAUCAAGUCGAAGGGGCUGCUAGCCAGGAUGGUAAAGGCAAGUCCAUCUGGGAUACAUACUCCCAUUCCGUGCCCUCGCGCACCAAUGGCGAGAACGCGGACGUUACGUGCGACCACUACAACCGCAUCGACGAAGACGUCAAACUCAUGAAGUCUCUUGGCAUGGAAACUUAUCGCUUUUCGAUUGCCUGGUCUCGUGUGAUUCCUCUUGCUGGCCACGAUGAUCCAAUCAACGAGGCAGGCAUUGCAUUCUAUAACCGCCUCAUUGAUGCCCUCCUGGCGCAUGAUAUCACACCUUCAGUCACUCUUUACCACUGGGAUGCGCCUCAAGCUUUGUACGAUCGAUACGGAGCGUUCCUCAGCACGAAUGAGUUCAGGGUGGAUUACACAAGAUAUGCGCGCUUGUGCUUUGCCCGCUUCGGUGACCGCGUGAAAUCUUGGGUUACCUUCAACGAACCUUACAUCAUUUCCAUUUUCGGACACCUCAAUGGCAGCCUUGCCCCAGGGCACUGCGCCGAGGCUGGAAACAAUACCAUGAUGGAACCCUGGCGGGUCGGACACACCAUCAUCCUAUCGCAUGCCUCGGUCGUUCAGAUGUACGCUGAUGAGUUCCAGCCAUCGCAGAAUGGCAAGAUCUCUAUAGUCCUCAAUGGUCACUUCUACGAGCCUCACGACGCGGCCAAGCAGGCAGAUAUCGAUGCUGCUCGGAUCCGGCUCGAGUUCUAUAUAGGCUGGUUUGGUGACUCAAUCUUUCUGGGUAAGGAUUACCCCGCGUCAAUGAAACAAUAUCUUGGUGCGCGGCUGCCAAGUUUCACAUUCAAUGACCUUGAGCUUUUGAAAUCCGCUUGCUCCAAGAAUGCCUUUUAUGGCAUGAAUCACUAUUCAACCAAAUUAGCUCGCCAGCUCACGACCCCCGCAGAUGAAGAUGACUGGACAAGGAAUAUUGAGGAGUCGUCUGUGAAUAGUAAGGGCGAGGAGAUUGGGCCGGCAUCAAGCAUGCCAUGGUUGCGGGUUGCGCCGGGCGGAUUUAGAAAGUUGCUCAACUGGGUUUGGGACCGUUAUCACCUCCCUAUCUUGGUGACAGAGAAUGGUUGCCCAUGCCCUGGAGAAAUCGAUCUCGAGGUUGCAGUGGAUGAUCAAUUCCGCCAAAGAUACUUAGGUCUAUAUCUAGACUCUAUUUCUCAGGCUAUCUACGAAGAUGGCGUCAAGGUUGAGGGCUACUAUGCCUGGUCCCUGAUGGAUAACUUCGAAUGGUCCUCUGGCUACGGCCCACGUUAUGGAAUUGUGCAUGUGGAUUAUGGCACAUUGAAAAGAACCCCAAAAAACUCGGCCUACUACCUCCAAGAGACAUUCCAGAAGCGCAGGAAGGACCAGGUGUAA